AUGGCGCACAGAGGAGAGAGCUUCCAUCAGGAUGUAUCCUGUAUUGCCGAUUUGAAGGCACUGGGGAGUAGUAGGCUCCCUGGAAUGGUGCGAGACUACUACAAUGAAGGAGCCAUGGACCUCAUCACACUGCGAGACAACGAAGCGGCAUUUGAUCGAUACAAGAUCCUGCCUCGCGUUUUGAUCAAUGUCGCAAGUGUCGACACUAAUACUGAGAUUCUCGGAACGAAGGUCUCCCUCCCCUUCGGCUUCAGCCCGGCAGCCUCACAGAAACUCGCCCACCCCGACGGUGAACUAGCCACAUCACGGGCAGCAGCCAAGCACGGAAUCUGCAUGGGACUGUCUUCUUACUCGAAUUAUUCGCUCGAGGACGUAGCGGCGCAGGGUCUGGGCAAUCCAUAUGCGAUGCAGAUGUGCGUUUUGCGGGAUCGAUCUAUCACACUCCAGUUGCUUAAACGGGCAGAAGCCUCCGGAUACAAAGCGCUUUUCCUCUCAGUGGACGUGCCCGUGCUGGGAAUGCGCCUGAAUGAAUUCCGGAAUAGCUUCCUUCUCCCCGAGGACAUGGAGUGGCCGAAUAUUCUGAGUAACGGGGCAGAUACUUCGAAUAAGACGGACUACGAUCCAAGUCUAGACUGGGAAAGCACAAUCCCCUGGCUCCGACAACACACCUCGAUGCAGAUCUGGCUGAAAGGAAUCUGCUCCCCCGCCGACGUCGAACUCGCAAUCCACUACGGCGUCGACGGAAUCGUCAUAUCGAACCACGGCGGCCGGCAACUAGACGGCGUCCCUGCAACACUCGACUCGCUGCGCCUCUGCGCAAGUGUAGCAAAGGGUCGCAUCCCACUCGCAAUCGACGGCGGGAUCCGUCGGGGGUCGGAUAUCUUCAAGGCGCUCGCGCUCGGCGCGAGUUAUUGCUUUAUGGGGAGGAUCCCCAUUUGGGGUCUUGCUUGUAAUGGACAGGAGGGUGUCGAGUUGGCGAUUAAGAUUCUGAGGCAGGAGUUGAGGGUCACGAUGGCGUUGGCUGGGUGUCAAACAAUCGCGGAUAUUCGAGAGACGCACCUCGCUAUCUUGCAGCCUGAUGGGAGACUCUCGAAAUUGUAG